CCGGCGCCGGCAGGAAGUGGCUCUGGGCGGCGCCCGUCGGGGGUGGCGCGGCGGGAGGGCGCAUGGCGAGUUCCGCGGGGCUGGCGCUGUGCGGGCAGACGCUGGUGGUGCGGGGCGGCAGCCGCUUCCUGGCCACCUCCGCUGCGAGCAGUGAUGAUGACGUCCUCUUCGCAUAUGAUUGCAGCACGGCAGCAGAGAAGUCACAAGAAAGUAAAGGGGAGGACGGGCAGCCCGCGGAUAAGGGGAGUGACACGAUUCUGGCGUCCACCUUCUCCAAGUCUGGCAGCUAUUUUGCUUUAACUGAUGACAGUAAGCGUCUGAUUCUUUUCCGUACAAAACCAUGGCAAUGUCUGAGUGUCAGGACCGUGGUGAGGAGGUGCACGGCCCUGACCUUCACAGCCUCCGAGGAGAAACUUCUGGUGGCCGACAAGUCUGGAGACGUUUAUUCCUUUUCGGUGUUGGAGCCACAGGGAUGCGGCAAGCUUGAACUUGGGCACCUGUCGAUGUUGUUGGAUGUGGCCGUGAGUCCCGAUGACUGCUACGUCCUCACCGCCGACCGGGACGAGAAAAUCCGGGUGAGCUGGGCCGCGGCACCGCACAGCAUCGAGUCCUUCUGCCUCGGGCACACGGAGUUUGUGAGCCGCAUCUUCGUGGUGCCCGACCACCCCGAGCUGCUUUUGUCCGCAUCCGGGGACCGCACCCUGAGGCUCUGGGAGUACAGAAGUGGCCGAGAGCUGCACUGCUGUCACCUGACCAGCCCGCAGGAGCCGGCGGAGCCCCGGGGUGACGAGAGGUUUGCCGCCUCCAGGAUCACUUACCGGAGCCAGGACAGCUGCGUGGCGCUGCUGUGUGACUGUAUUCCCGCGGUCUACGUUUUCCAGCUCGAUGCCGCCAGACAGCAGCUGGUUUACAGACAGCGGCUGACGUUUCGGCACAGAGUGUGGGACAUCGCUUUCGAGGAGGGCCGGGGACUGUGGGUCCUGCAGGACCACCGGGAAGCCCCCCUCGUGCUCUGCAGGCCUGUGGGCGGCCAGUGGCAGGCUGCUCCUGAAGACGCCGCGGUGGAGAAAGUCUCCGCCCAUCUCCGGGGGAACUGGGCCAUGCUGGAAGGCGUGGCUGGCGUGGACGUCGGUUUCAGUGGUCUCUACAAGGCCACCUUUGACAACGUGACUGCCUACCUGAGGAAGAAGGAGGAGAGGCUGCAGAAGCGGCGGCAGAACCCGGCUGCUGGGCCUAACGGGCAGGCCAAGAAGAUGAAGCCGGGGGAGGCGUCCCUGAGGUGCCCGUCCUAGCCGCCCCGGCACUCUCGUGGCCUCCAGCCAAAGCCGGCUCUGCUGUCCCCUUUGUCCGCGGCUCCCCGUAAGAAAUGGGGACGUCGUUCCCGACCCACGCUUGGUGGCAGUUAGGUCCGCACCAGCUCCGCACACGCGUGGGCCGUCCCAGAGAACUGGUCGGUAUCCUGGCUCUAGAACUUUCCGCCGCCGAACAGGCUCUUCUGCCUGGCGUCUUGGGCACCCUUCUGGUUGAAGGGAAACCAGACGGCCUGGUACUCGGCCAGAGACGCAACGAGUAGUGCCGGUGCCUCGAAGCGCCUUUUCUUCGUAUCGGAGGAGACCGGAACCUGUGGUGGGCGUGGCAGCUGUGGAGCUUCCACUGAUCCCGUGGCGCUGGACGCUUCUCCAGGGGAGUCCGCGAGCUCUGCGGCAGUGUGGGCGGCACAUUUCGUCCCUGUGUCUCCCUCUAGAUGGUGGGGCGUGCUGUCCGGCGUGGGGGCCGCCGCCGGGUGGGGCCCGAAACCCAGGCGGGGUGGCUUGGUUCCUCCGGUGGCCGCCACCGCCGUCUGCUCGGUCCCCGCCGCCGUGACGUGAGCUGGUCGGGGCGCGGGGCGCAGACUGGACUUCCUUCGGGGCGUGAGGACCCGGGAGCCCCGACUGGAACCCAGCUCUCCAGGGAAACGGUGGAGGGUGUUACGUAUAUCUGUGAUUUCCGUGUCAACUCUGCACGGGAUGCAAAGACCCGGGGCAUCCGCUGGAUUCUAAUCACCGAUGAAUAGAGAUGAGCUUUUUGCAGCUUCUGGAAAUGUUUAGGAGCAACAUUUGGAACUAAUUUCAAAAUAUAUUGAGCAAAACCGUCUUUGAUGAGUGUACUGUCUGUGACUGAAAUGCUGACUUGUUAAUGUGAAAAAGCGUUUUUUUGGUGGGUAGUCUUACAGAUGGGUUCGCUGAUGUGCUUAUUUGUGCUUUUACCCACUUCUGGGUGAUCGGUCAACGAGGUGGGAAAGCCCGUGUGAGUCCGUGAUGCCUUUGGUGCGGGGUUUCUUGGGGUACUUAGAGACCAGUUGCUUUGUGUCACAGAAGCGAAAUCCCUAAGUGCCUUGUUUUUGCUUUAAACGUUGAUCUGAAGACAGAGCCGUGGGUGAGCCGCUCACCCUUCCCACAAGGGGUACAGUGGGGUGUUGGGAUGGGCAGAAGUCUUUGAAGGAGCAGCGGGGACGCGCCUGGGGGUUCCCCAGGGUCCUGCCCGAGGAGCCAGACCUCGUCAGCCCUGCACUGCGCACAGACAGCGUUCUCGUUAAUCUGCUUUGAAGUUCUUGGUUUUAGGAGAAAUUUGGGUCUGGUGGUGGUGACGUGUUGAUGGGGGGCCUGCGGGCCAAGUCCUGCUGCUGCCUGGGUUUGUGUGGCCUGUGAGCCGGGAACGACUUUCACAUUUUUCAGUGGUCGAAAACCAGGCAAAAGAAAAACAAUACUUCGUGGCGUGUGAAAAUCCCAUGCGAUUCCAAUCCCAGCGUCCUUAAGUAAAACCGUACUGGGACCCAGCUGUGCCCGUUGGUUUAGGUGUGGCCUCCGUCUGUUUUGGGCCACGAC